AACUCCUUGUCGUAUUCAGUUCAUGAUCACACGAGUGUUAUCAUCGCUCUGUUAUCUCAUUUAGCGUCUAUUGGUUUAUUGAGAGAUAAAUCGACAUGUGUUUAAUGCUGGCCAAGUCUCAGUUAUCUAAGAAUAAAUCAGGAAGUCCGACGGUAUAAAUAUAAAUGGUGAAAAUGUAGAUCAUAUGUCGUGUUCGUGACAGUCAUCUGCAGUGCCGAAUGAAAACAUACGUAGACUCGCAAUUUCAUUCCAGAUAUAAAAAAAUGCACUGAUGUAGCUAUAGCCUGUCACUUCUGCGUUCUGCGUGUAUCACUUCGCGGCUGGCUUUACGAAACGGCACAGUGAAGUGAGCAUUUAAGUGAAAUAAACGACCAAAGUCGAAGCAAUUUACAGAAAUGGCCCUAAAGACACCGGCAUGGCUGAAUCUAUGCUUCGUAGAGAAGAUCCUGCGAAAGUCGGAAGGCGACAACUCAAUUCAGGUGAUCGAUAUAUUCUCGAAACCGGCCACGGCUAAGGGUGACAACUACUCAAGCGACAUGAUUAGGGUUACUGCCGAAUUUUCGCGUGACCAAGGCGAGAGUAAAAUUACGGAGAAGAAAUCAAUCAUUUUCAAAAUCUCGCCUAUAGCUGAAGGCAUUCGUCAGGACCUCGUCGAAUUAUCAGGCACCUUUGACAUCGAGAUAUUGAUGAUGUCAGAUACCUUGGAUAAAAUGAAUAAGUUGUUAGGGCCGGAGCAUCGCUUAAGCGGGAAGGGCCUAUACGUGCAAAAUAAAAAUCCAACGCUUCUGGUGAUCGAGGAUCUCGCGCCUCUCGGCUUUCGCAUGGCCGAUCGUAUAUCUGGUCUUGACCUAGCUCAUACCAUAUUGGCGCUUGACGGACUAGCCAGGUUUCACGCAGCUUCUGUAGCCAUAUGCGAGAAGGAACCAAAGCAAAAAGAAAUGUAUACGAAAGGAAUAUUUAACGAUCAGUGGCCGCCAGAACUGCAAACUUUUUUCGUUAUGAGUAUUAAAGCUUUAGCAGAUGAAGUUGCAAAUUGGCCAGGAAUGAAAAAAUACUCGGAAAAAAUUGCUAAACUCACCGACCACGCAUAUAAAAUAGGAAUAGAUGCAUCCAAGUUAUGUGAGGAUGAAUUCAAUGUUAUUAAUCACGGCGAUUUCUGGGUAAACAAUAUGUUGUUCAAAUAUGACAAUGAUGGCAAACCUGUUCAGCACAUUUGUGUGGAUUUCCAAACGUGUGUCUACACAUCGCCGGCAAUCGAUCUUCAAUAUUUUUUCAAUACAAGUCCUUCCCCGGAUGUUAUUGAAAACAAGAGAGAUGUUUUAUUAAAUGAAUAUCUUGGCGUACUGUCGGCGACUAUGAAGCAACUGGGCUGCAAGACGCAGCCACCCACCAUGGAAGAACUGAAAGCUACCCUAAAACGAAGAGCAAGUUAUGGAAUGAUAUCAUCCUUCUCAAUUUUACCGAUAGUGCUGUGCUGCAAGACUGAGGUGAAAGAUUUGGAUGAGAUCAUGAAUCCUGAUACUUUUUCAAGUCCGGGUCUAAAGAGCGAGAGUUAUAAAAAAUUGAUGAUGAAGAGAAUUCCAAUGUAUGACGAAUGGGGUUUGCUGGAUCUUUAAUGAAUACUAGACUUUUGUUGUAAUAAAUAAUGUAGAAAAAAUAAUAAUAAUAAUAGGCAUGACAAAGUACAACAAAUACAUUAAAAUGGA